UGAAGUCCGAUAAGCAAAGCUCGAGACUUGUGUCUUUAGUCUUUACUCAGUUACGCGGUGACACCGCAUGCGGUGGACGUACUCGCGAAAAUGUAUUCUCUGUUGAAAGUUGUGUUCAAAGUUGCGUUUGUGAUAUGUAUCGUACACGGCCAACAAGAUUACUUCGCAGAUCUCUGUUUCACUCCGACGCAAGAAGAGGGCCAGUGCAUAUCGCUUGAUCAGUGCGAGGAACUAAAACCGCUCAUUUCCAAAUCGCGGGAGAACCUUAAAAAAUACCACUGCGGAUGGGUGGAAACAGUUCCUAAGGUAGGAUCUGCGGGAUCAGUUCCUAAGGUUUGCUGUCCUUCAACUAUUACAAGUUCAACAAAGACAACCACAACAACGACGACUGUUUCCCCAAAACCAUCAGGCGACUGUGUCACACCAGAGGGCAAAUUUGGUUCAUGUGUGCCAGUGCAAACGUGCACAUACAUAAAAAAGAUGUUGGCAACGAAAACCGCACUUAGCUUGGAAUAUUUCCAACGGUCCAGAUGCAUAGGCGGCGAUUUAGGGUCGAUGAAUGUAUGCUGUGACUCGAAAAUUCGUCCCAGCUCCGAAGUUGUAUCGAGAGACGGCACAUGUCCUGAUUCAGCGAUCCCACCAAAUCCCGAAAGCCAAUGUUGUGGAAAAGAAAGCUUUACUGGGAAUAAAGUUUUUGGUGGUAACGAGACAGCUAUAGACCAGUACCCGUGGCUUGCUUUACUGCAGUACACAAGGCCGCAGCUUUGCGGGGGCUCGUUGAUCAGUAACAAAUAUGUGUUGACUGCCGCUCACUGUAUCAUCAACAAAUCAAAUAAACCUAGAGGAGUGGUAGCUGUGCUGCUGGGUGAAUACAACACCACAAACGAAGGGAGCGAUUGUAUGCCAGUUGAGGGUGGUGGCGAGGACUGUACACCGGGUGCCGUUCGAGUUCCUGUAGAGUCAGCUGUAGCCCACCCACAGUACAACACCCAGAAGAUAGUGCAAUUUGUCAACGACAUCGCCUUGCUAAGACUUUCCGUAAUGGUCACUUUCAAUGAUUUCAUCAGGCCAAUUUGUUUGCCUUCGUCAGACAUAACUAGCGCACCGCCGAUAAACAUGAAGCUCUUCGUAGCCGGAUGGGGGGCUGUGAGUGAAAUACGUCCGUUCAGCGAGAUUAAGCUGUACACCAGUUUGCCUUACGUCAGUCAUAAGCGAUGUCAAUCGGAUUUCAAUACGCUACAAGGCUCACUCAUAUGGGAAAAGCAGAUUUGCGCCGGUGGCGAAUUAGACAAGGACACUUGCAAGGGUGAUUCCGGCGGCCCUUUGAUGUACGAAAACGAAAACGUUCACGAAGUCAUAGGUGUUGUUAGUUUCGGAUUGUUGCAAUGCGGUAUCAAGAAGCCAAGUGUUUAUACAAAGGUCUACGAAUACUUAUCGUGGAUCAAUGAUAAUAUUAAGCCGUAACGUUAGUUUAGACCUAAGUUGACAGAUGUCUUGGGUAUAGUAUUUAUUAACCACUUAACAUAAUAUACUUAAUAGAGAACUUUUAGUGGCAAUAACUGUGAUAAGAGGUUAAGCAUGUAUGCAUUUUUUUUAAUUUAUCUGAUUUUAGUAACACUUAAUAAAUGUUUGAUGAUCGAGCGGACGAAUUAACAAUUAAAGUACGUAUAAUUAAUUAUGGACUAAUACGAUUUAUACUUCAAUAAUUGAAAUACAUUCCAUUCGCCACAGUACAGCGAGCCGCCGCGUACAGUGGAAUCCUUGAUAUGACAAACGUGUUGACAUUCAGUGAACACGUACGAAGCGCUUUUUAAUCACGUUUCUUAUAAGUACCGCUAAGAUUUGGAUCAUUUUCCCGGGAUCGGUGUUUCCUACUAGGCAUUUUCUAGGCAAGCACGCUCCAACUAAGAUAGCAUCAUUGUUCGGCAUUAUAGUCGCUAAGCGCAAGCCUUUCUAAUAUAAAAGAAAAAAAUAACAUUGUUGUACAUUGUUGUAACUGUUGACUAAAGGUUAUGCCAAAAUUGUCGGCAGAUUAUUCUACUAUAUUAAUUAUUUUCAUCGUUAACUUACGUAGUAUAUAUUUUUUUAUCCCUGCAUUAUUAAUCAUCAACCCAAUACCGGCCCACUAAAGAACACGGGCAAAAUCUUCUUUCACAAUGAGAUGGUUUCAGGAUUUAGUCUACCACGCUGGUGGCCAAGUGCGGAUUGAAAGACUUCAUACGCCGCGCCGUUUAAAACAUUAUGCAGAACUCUGAGGCAUACAGGUUUCCCCACGAUGUUUUUUCCUUCACAGUUUAAGCAAGUGACAUUUAAAUUGCUUAAAUUAAAUUAAAAACGCACAUAGCUCCGAAGGUGGUGCAUGCGGGGAUCGGACUCCGUCUCGACGAAAGGAAAGCCGAAGCCUUACCCACUCUCCACGCUUUAUAUUCAUAUAUCAUUAGCAUUAUCUACAUAUAAAACAAAUCGAGUAAGUUCUUGGCAAGUAGUAGUCGGGCAGGUCACCAGUGGCGUGCACUGGGUUUUUGACUAGGGUAUGCAUAAAGCAGCAGUUUGGCAUAAAAUGGUAAAAUUCCCCUCCAAUACGAGUUAUAUUAAAAAAAUAUGGGUAUGCAGUGCUUUUGCGCAUGUAUGAAGUGCACGCCACUGCAGGUCACCUGCCAGAGUUACUGCAACGGCUCAUUAAAAUCUGUUGCAUCAGAGGAGCUAUCAGGCAACAAACUGCGCCAGAUUUUAAAGAUUGCGUUUUUAGCCAUUGCAUAACCUCAAAUUAAAGGUU